CUCGUUUCCAGUUAUCGUACUUAAGUUUUUACGUCCUUAAUUGUUUGUUCUUCGGUUGUUUUUCAGUUAUAUUAGGAACCAAGCACAAUGGAGGUGGACGGAAAUGCAGUUUUGGCGAAGGCACUAAAGGACCAGGGUAUCGAGUACGUUUUCGGCAUCGUAGGAAUCCCGGUCGUGGAGCUAUCCAUGGCCAUGCAGGCGGAGGGAUUGAAGUAUGUAGGGAUGCGCAAUGAGCAGUCGGCAUGUUACGCGGCACAGGCGAUCGGAUACUUGACGGGGAAGCCGGGCGUGUGUCUGGUUGUGUCGGGACCGGGUUUGCUGCACGUGACGGCCGGAAUGGCGAACGCACAGGUGAACUGCUGGCCACUGCUAGUGAUCGGUGGUUCAACCUCGCAGGAUCACGAAGGCAUCGGUGGGUUCCAGGAGUGUCCGCAGGUCGAACUAAGCCGACCGUACUGCAAGUACGCGGCCCGUCCACCCAGCAUCGGGCUAAUUCCGCUGCACGUCGAAAAAGCGGUCCGUCUAGCGUGCUACGGUCGCCCGGGUGCUGCGUACCUCGACUUCCCGGGCAAUCUGCUGACGGCUAAGGCCACCGAAGAUGCCAUACCCCCGCAGUACAGUCAUCCAAUGCCUCCGGUUGCGUUUCCCGAACCUUCGCUGGUUGAACAGGCGGCUCAGCUCCUCGCAACGGCCAAACGCCCGCUGGUGAUCGUAGGCAAGGGAGCGGCGUACGCGCGGGCAGAGCUUCAAGUGCGCCAACUGAUCCACCAAACGAACCUUCCCUUUCUGCCGACGCCGAUGGGCAAAGGGGUCGUCCCGGAUCUAGACCCGCAGUGCAUUGCUCCGGCCCGGACGCUGGCGUUGCAGAAAGCGGAUGUAGUGCUGCUGCUCGGCGCUCGCCUCAACUGGAUCCUGCACUUUGGCCGACCACCUCGCUACAGUGACGAUGUGAAGAUCAUUCAGGUGGACCUCAACCCGGAGGAGCUACACAACAGUGUGCUGAGCAGUGUGGCCGUGCAGUCGCACAUUCUGCCCUUCACCGAGCAGCUGAUCGAUGCGCUGGCGAAAAAGCACUUCCGGUUCGACGCACGCCAGCCGUGGUGGGUCGAUCUGAAGGCCAAGUACGACAAGAACCGAAAGGUGGUCGAAGAGAUGGCACUGAACACCGGCACGCCGUUGAACUACUACGCCGUGUUCCACCAUCUGCAGCAGUACAUUCCGAAGGAUGCGAUCAUCGUGAGCGAAGGGGCCAACACGAUGGACAUCGGGCGGACACUGCUGCACAACAAGCUGGCCCGCCACCGGCUGGAUGCGGGAACGUUCGGUACGAUGGGCGUGGGUCCCGGGUUUGCCAUUGCCGCGGCCCUCGUCUGCCGGGACAAGUUCCCGGGCAAGAAGGUGCUAUGUGUGGAGGGAGAUUCGGCGUUCGGGUUCUCGGGCAUGGAGCUGGAGACGAUGGUACGCUACCAGCUGCCGAUUGUAGUGGUGAUCGUGAACAACAAUGGCAUCUAUGCCGGGUUCGACAAGGAAACGUACGACGAUAUGCGAUCGGGCGGCGACUUGACGCAGGUAACACCGGCCUCGGCGUUAACCCACGAAACGCACUACGAGAACAUGCUGAGCAUGUUCGGUAUGAAGGGACACUUUGUGCGCACCAUUCCGGAGCUGCAGGCAGCCGUCAAGGAGGCACUAAUUCCCACAGACAGACCGAGUGUGAUCAACGUGAUCAUAAGUCCGCAGGCGGACCGUAAGCCGCAGGACUUUAAGUGGCUCACCGAGUCGAAGCUUUAACGAACGUGAGCCGUGCAUUUAUGAGGGAGACAAAAGGCGCUUAGCGCGGGUAUAUUUUAUUACUUAGACCAGUUCAUAACACAGAGU